CACUCCAUUCAUUACCCCUUAUUUAUUAUUGUUAUCUUUAAUCUCUCACUCGUUUCUCAUAUCAUGGACCACCACAUUCUUCUUCUUCUUCUUCUUCAACAUUAGCUCAGUCUCACACUCUUCUCUUUCUCUCUCACAAACUCUCAUGGCUUCCUCCUCCAAAUCACCUCAUUUCACUCCCAUUCAAGAGGACCGUGAAUUCGACGAACUCGCCGGAGAAGAAACAACAAGGCACACCAGAAGCACACCCUCUCACCACCACCAUCCUCCCACGCCCAUUAUCAACACUAAAUCCAACACCCACAAGAAAAAGAGAUCCGAAUCCGACGAAGAUUCCUCCGUGUCUUGCAACAAGUGCAGGCCACACUCCAGAGACAAAAUCUUCAUACUUCCCUUCGAUCACGCCGCCAACCACAAUGCCUCCCACACAAAGCAAUCCUCCUCUCUCCUCGCCAGCCCCAAUGGCAUUUUCAGGUCCCUCGUCUCCAAACUCACCCGCAAGAGCCCCAUGUCGUCGUCGCACCACAACCCUCUUCCGGCUUCCAGAGAGGAACAGUGGAAAAUGGCGGUGGCAGAACUCUCUCACAAGCUCCUCCACGCCACCAGGAAACGGGACGAGGCCCUUCUCGAAGCUUCCAGACUCAUGCAUUCCAUGGGGGAGCUCGAGAAGAAGCUCAACAAGCUCGAACUCUAUUGCCACAGCUUGAAAUCCGGCCUCGAACAAUGCGCCAACGCCAACGCCGUCUCUUCUCCCACGCCCUUCAAACAGAGUCAAACGCUUCACCAGGACGCGGUGAUUCAGCACUUCUUGGUGUCGGUUUCCGAAGCGAGAUCGUCCGUUAAGCUUCUCUCUCGUUCCUUGACCAUGCAACUGAGGCACAUGGGAAGCAAGGUGUACGAGAAAGUCUCGUUUUUGCUCCAACCUUACGACGUGAAAAUCUCCUUCUCAAAGAACCCCAGAAGCCUGCUUUUCUACCUGGAGGCCCUCCUCAACAGAACGUUCUUCGAGGACUUCGAAACCAUAGGGUUCCAGAAGAACGCCUGCAACGCGGUGCUGAACCCGGUUGAACGGUGCGAGGAGAGUUUCCGAUGCUUCAACAUGCUUCAGGGGUUGACGUGGGAGGAGGUUCUGAGCAAGGGAACGAGGCACUUCAGCGAAGAGUUCAGCAGGUUCUGUGAUAGGAAAAUGAGCGAGAUUGUUGCGAUGUUGGGUUGGAACCGUGCCUGGCCCGAACCCCUGUUGCAGGCCUUCUUUGGGGCCUCGAAGAGCGUGUGGAUGGUGCACUUGCUGGCAAACUCGGUGCACCCUAGUCUGCCAAUCUUCAGAGUGGACAAAGGGGUUAGCUUUGAUUCGGUUUACAUGGAAGAUAUGGGUGGGGACAAGGCUUCAAAGUUGGUCCCUAGUGUGGUCAGAAUAAUGGUUACGCCAGGGUUUUAUGUCUAUGGCAGUGCAGUGAAAUGUAAGGUUCUCUGCAGGUACUUGAGUAGUAGUAGUAGUAACAACACCAACAACGACACCAACCACAUCUUCCACGGUAAUAAUAGUAACAAGGAGGAAGACAAAGGUUUAACACAAACCUCUUGACUUUUAGACACAAACAAACGAUCAAUCAAUGCUUUGUUCUCUUUUGUAACUUUGGUGCUGGAAUUUCGAUCGAUCGGUUUUCUUUCUUUUUUCUGCUACCCAAUACUGUUAAAGAUUAUGUAUAUUAUAUUAUUAGUACUAUCAUUCAAUUGGGGUUAACCAGUGUCUGCUGCUGCCGAUGGUUUGUGGUGGAAUAUGCAGAUUUUUGGGUCAAAAUGAACAACUUUGGCAUUUUCUGGUUUUC